CAUAGCCUUUCCAAGAUGAUGUUGAAAGGGGAUGCGGCAAUGCUCAAGCUGAUGACAUUAAUCAAUGUCUCAGCAGCAAAGCCUAACAAACGAAAGCAUGCAUUUGAGAAAUCAUUCGCACCAGCCAAAAAGGGUAAAGGUGUUGCAAAAUUAUCUUUGAAUGCACUCUCACAUGGUCAUGCAUCCUUGGCAGAAAGAACACAAGUGGAUGAAGAUGAGGUGGAUGACUCAAUCAUUGCUGAAGGAAGUCAGAAAGCAGAGAACUCUCUACAAGCUGAAGAACUAUCGGAUGACGAAGAAGCAUCUGCCGGUCCUAGCAAACCCACUUCAGCUGGAGAUGCUUUCCACACUCACUUUGCUUCGGAAGGCGAAAAUGCAUUAGCACCAUUAGCGAAAGCAAUCGUCGGAGAAGAGGGAAAGAAGGCAAGCGACAUUGAGUGGGAAUCAUCAUCGUCUAAUCUACCUGGACUAGGUCACGCCGCCAUAAAUAGAGUAAAGGGUUUCAAAGUACCACAAGUAGAGGCAGCAAAACCACACGCAUCGGUCUUGGAAGCCUUCAAAGCACACGGGUCGACUCUGGAAGCACAGGCUGCUCUUGUCAAUCUGCUAGGAUCCUAUCAAGAUGUGAUUGAUACACAUGUGGACUUGUAUCAACAUGACCAUACGAGAAGAGCGAUCGCAUUACACGCCAUCAGUCAUGUUGUCAAAACGAGAAGAAGGGUUUUACGUAACAAUGAUCGAUUGGCAAAAGCAGCAACCACAGGUCAUGCGGUCGAAGCUGACGUGCGUGAUCAAGGUUUCACAAGACCGAAGGUAUUGAUCCUUUUGCCUCUGCGGAACAGUGCAUUAGCAUGGAUGAACUACCUUUCCAAACUUUCAACUUGCUCGCAAAUCGAGAAUGCCGCACGAUUCAAGGCAGACUUCACACUACCAGAAGGAACUGUGGACAAACUGGCACAGCCUGAGACACAGGCCAAGUAUCCCGCCGAUCACAUCGAAACCUUCAAAGGAAAUAUUGAUGACAGCUUCCGCAUCGGUGCAAAGAUGACACGCAAGAGUUGGAAGAUGUACAGUCAAUUUUACGAUAGCGAUGUCAUUCUGGCCAGUCCUUUAGGUCUUCGAUUGGCUAUUGAGAAGGAUCACGAUAGCGACUUCUUGUCUUCCAUCGAGGUCAUGGUGAUCGAUCAAGCUGAUGUGAUGUCCAUGCAAAAUCUGGAACAUCUUGAAUUCGUUUUGAACCAUGUGAACAAGAUCCCAAAGGAGGCCCAUGAUGCUGAUUUCUCGCGUAUCAAACAGUGGUAUUUGGAUGGAUUGGCACCUUAUCUCCGCCAGACAGUGAUGCUGUCUUCGUUCGACUCGCCAGAAUUGCGCAAGCUGUCACGUAAUUCGUUACUCAAUGUAGCGGGCAAAGUGCAACUUACACAAUCCAAUUCAGCAGGUGUGUUGUCGCAAGUACGUAGUGGUAUCCGACAAACAUUCCAACGAUUCCCAUGCAACAACGUCCAAUUAGAGUCCAAGCUGCGGCUGGAACUCUUUUUGACAAAGACUUUGCCAACAUUACAAAAGAGUGCAUUGAGUAGCAGUCGUACGUUGAUCUUUGUGCCAUCUUAUCUGGACUUUGUGCAGUUGCAGGAAGCACUUCGUACACAACAUCCAGAGAUCUUUGCAGUGACGGCCAUGUUGACUGAAUACAGUGAAGGACCUGAAAUUGCACGAGCAAGAGCGCGAUUCAUUACGGAGAAGAAGAAGUUCUUGAUCGUUACUGAACGUUUCAUGUUUUACAGACGCUACAUUUUGCGAGGUGCACGAACAAUCGUUUGGUAUGGAUUGCCGGACCACGGCCAUUAUUACUCGGAGAUGCUUGAGAACGUAUUCAAGCCGGCAGAUAAAGCAAAAAAGAACGGCAAAGUCAAUCAGAAUGAUGAAGAAGAGACAGUUGACGCUGGAGACAUCAGCGUGACUGGUAUUUACAGUCAAUAUGACUUUUUGAAGCUGGAGAGAAUUGUAGGAACAGAUUUGGCUCGCCGUAUGGUACAGGAGGAGAAGAGCUUAUGGAGAUUUGCUUAACAGUCAUACCUUGUAUUAUAGCAUGCAUGAAUAAUAUUGUACAAAUGAAGAUAU